GCCUUAUUAUAUCAUUGGCGAUAUCAACGAGGAAGUAGGCUACACUUUUCUUGCAGCAACAUUUACAAAUUUUCUAGUUUUCAACUGUUAGAAGUCCACAGAAACAGCAGAAUAGCUGAAAAGUUGCAUCGCUUUGAUACCGGGUUGGGCUCAGGGGUUCUUUUUCGCUGUUACCCCAGAAAAAAUGGCGUCCAGAAGAUGGUUUCAUCCUAACAUCUCUGGAUUGGAGGGAGAGCAUUUACUGAUGCAACGUGGCUUUAAUGGCAGCUUCUUAUGUCGACCAAGCAAAAGCAAUCCUGGUGAUUUUACAUUGUCCGUUAGGCGGAAUGAUGAAGUGACUCACAUCAAGAUUCAAAGCACUGGUGAUUACUAUGAUCUCUACGGUGGAGAAAAGUUCGCUACCUUAGCUGAAUUGGUUCAGCAUUACACAGAAGGACACAAUCAACUCAGAGAACGUAAUGGACAUGUCAUAGAAUUAAAAUUCCCCCUCAAUUCAGCAGAUCCAACAACUGAAAGAUGGUUUCAUGGACACAUAUCUGGAAAAGAAGCUGAAAGAUGUUUAACUGAAAAAGGAAGAAAUGGAAGCUACUUGGUGCGGGAGAGCCAUAGCAACCCAGGAGAUUUUGUUUUGUCAGUAAGAACAGAUGACAAAGUCACCCAUGUUAUGAUCAGAUCCAAGGAUGGUCGUUAUGAUGUUGGUGGAGGAGAACAAUUUGAUACAUUGGCUGAUCUCGUAGAGCAUUACAGAAAAAAUCCAAUGGUAGAGACAUCAGGGUUGGUUGUUCAUUUGAAGCAGCCAUUCAAUGCAACACGUAUAUCUGCAGCAGGCAUAAAAGAUAGAGUGGAUGUCUUAGAAAGAGAAAUGAGAUCAGCUAAGGAAGAAAACUCAAAAGCUGGAUUUGAAGAAGAGUUUGAGGUUUUGCAGCAAAUGGAAUGCAAGUACUUGCUACCAAGAAAGGUUGGGGCAAGACCUGAAAACAAAGCUAAGAAUAGAUACAAGAAUAUAUUGCCAUUUGACCAUACAAGGGUGCAGUUGACAGAUUCUGAUGGUGGUGAUUAUAUCAAUGCAAACUAUAUAGAUAUGAGUAAAGCACAAGCUAUGCAGCAAAUGGAAGGCCUGAUAGACAAGCUAGACUCUCAUUGGGACAACAUGAAAAAAUACAUAGCAACCCAGGGUUGUCUCAAGGAUACAGUAGUUGACUUUUGGAGAAUGAUAUGGCAAGAAAAUUCAAGGAUAAUUGUCAUGACAACAAAAGAGGUUGAGAGAGGAAAGAAUAAAUGUGUGAAAUAUUGGCCUGAUCGUGGAAAUACCAAAACAUGGAAUAAGAUCUGUGUGACUUCAGAUAAGGAACAAUCAAUGAAUGACUAUGUGCUACGUCAGUUCUCAGUCCAACAUUCAGACUAUCCAGAUGAAGUUCGAGAAAUCUUUCAUUUUCAUUUUAAAAGUUGGCCUGAUCAUGGUGUCCCUCAAGAACCUAGUAGAGUGCUGAACUUCCUUCAUGAUUACAACAAUAAACAGGAGUCAUUUCCAGAUGCAGGGCCUAUUGUAGUGCAUUGCAGUGCUGGUAUUGGAAGGACAGGAACAUUCAUUCUGAUUGAUAUUGUAUUAAACCUCAUCAAACAACAUGGAUUGGACUGUGAAAUUGAUAUUCACCGGACUAUCCAAAUGCUAAGAAGUCAGAGAUCUGGAAUGGUUCAGACUGAAGCCCAGUACAAAUUCAUUUACCAUGCAGUUCAACACCAUAUUGAAACCCUGUCCCAGAGGGUGCAAGCUGAAGUACAAAAUCAAAAAGUUGGUCGUGAAUACAUUAACACAAAAAAAGCUCACGAAGAUCUGAUGGCUCUUAAUAAAGGUGGCACAGCGCAGUAUGAGGAACCAAAAUUGUAUGAAAAUAUCAAUCCUGUAUCAAAGUCCCAGCUAAAGAAACAACCGCAAUUACCUAAAAAGUAAGAAGUUCUGGUACAUGUGUAACACCACCAAUUCUUAACUCGGAGGGGAAACAAGUUGUGGAGUAGCAAGAAUUCAGUAUGGCUUCCUCCUCUAGUGAUACACAAGUUUAAUACAGUAAAUUAGUAUUUUCCAGUUGAUGAUUUCAAUGAUGUUUCAUUGUUUCUGAAGGUAUAUGCAAUAUUGUCACACAGGUAUAUACAUACAAUCAUUCUGUCUAUUAUUGCUUGUAGAUACAUACAGUAUUAUGGAUAAAAACAAAAAAAUAUGAAAUUUAUGUUAUCAUUAAGUUUGGUAUAUUUUGUUGACUUUUUUUUAUAUUUUUGAGGUUGUAUAAAAGGUCAGAUUUGGUGUCUGAAAACCACUGUUCUCAAGUGAACUGCAUUGCAAAAACUUUGUUUUUUUUUUUUAAAUGUGACAGGCUUUAGUGAACUUUUUCUGAUAGAGGACCCUUCAAUCUUGCUGUUUUUUUUUUUGUUGUUGCUAGUCUACAGGUGGCAAAGCUGAUGUUCUACAAAAUCUCAUAUCAUGUUUACCAAACCCAUGCUAUUGUUUCUUGACUGGUCACAUCAAUUUCAUUUCCUAAUAAUUUGGUUUGUUCCUAGCCUUGGAUGUGAUUGUUGUUAAGCAUUAGUGGGCGGUAAUCACAUCUUUAGAGAGUAGGUUUUGUGUGCUUGUUUCAGUGUCUUUAAGUUAUAAAUAGAGGACAUUACUAUUUUGCAUCAUAUCAUUUCAUUCAUCUCUUGGGAGUGUUUGGCACUGCCGUUGUAUCGGUCUCUCAACCUUGAGGUUGGCGGUUUGAACCUUCACUGUGAAUUUUGCCUUUUCAUUGGACAAGAAAUUUAUCUGGUUGAAAGAUGUGGCAUUAAAUAUUUGUCUGCAUCGGCAUUAAAUUGCAAGCACGAUUGGAAUACCUAACCAGGGUAAAUUUUAUGUUUUACAAAGUACCUUUCAAGUAAAGGUUAACUUGGUUUUUUUAGUUUGGGAAUGGUGGCCAAAAUGUCGUCAACACAUUAUUUUUACUAAAUCAAUCUGAUGUUUGCUGCAGGUAACUUUAUUGCCUUUUUUAGCUCCGAUGUGGAGCUCUAGAAACACUUGCCUCAUCGGUUAAUAGAUCUUUUUUGUAUGGCAGCCGUUAGGGCCAAUAUACUCUACUGCCUCUAUUAUACUGCCCUCAUCAGAGCUUUUGAGAGAACUAAUUUUUACACCAUGUAUAUUGUUCACAAUUUCACAAAAAUCAAAGCCUCUAGCUUCUUAGUGAUUUUAAAAGCGAGUCCCCAAUGAUGCCCCCUGAAAAGUUCUUCACAUAGAAUUAGUGUUCUUAUGGUUCAAUUCAAAUUGUAAAUUUGACAUAAUAAUCGGAAAGGUAUCCUUUUUUAUAAUUCGCUGAUCGUGUAUUUCUUUAUUUAGUAAGUUCUUUUUUUUCUGUCUUCUAUAUCUGAUAUGUUUUUCCAUCAGAAUGCAUCAUUAUUUUUGUUUUUAACGUACCUGUAUCCAGUAAGGCAAUACCUUUGCCUUUGUGUGCUGGAAGUAUUAUGAUGCUUUAAUCUUGAAUUGGGGCCUUGGGACCUUUGGAUUUAUUGCUUGAUGGUAUUAGAUUAUGGUUGCUUGGAUGAAAUCAAGCUAAAGAUUCACCUGUCUGUAAUCAGCAAAUGCCUCAUUUCUUGCAUUGUAGCUAAUUUUAUAAUUGUGGUUAUCUUUGACCAAAACUUUGCUAGCAUUAUACCUAAUGACAUUUCAAACAUGGUUAUUUGGAAAAAAAAUAUAUGAAAUUAUUUCGGUGUUUGUAAAAUUGUUUAUAAAUAAAUAUUGAAUAAUUCUUAAUUCAUGAUGAUGUAAUAGAUAAAGAAUACUUGAGAAUACACAUAAUAAGACGUUACUGAAUAUAGACUACAUUCUUUGAUUAUAAUUUUUGCUGAUUUGUAGAACAAGAAUUGAGGAAUGAAUACUGUACGUAGUCCAUGUCCAUGAAGUGGACACAAAUUACAAAUUUUGUACAGAUCAUGGCAUAUAGACAGUUUUACCAGCAAAUAAUAUAAUGCUUAAUACAGUAUAUAAAGAACAUGAGAGCUUGUUAUUAUAAUUUUAUUGGUACAAUAAAUAUGAAAGUAUGAAGGAAAUCUAUAUUUUUGUAGAUGCUUUACAUAUUGCAAUCCUGAAAGCAGUUGCUUAAACAUUUAGUGUUAUAUCUUAUUUCACUUAUCCCAGUUGUGAAACAAAAUGAUUUAUUCUGAGUAAUUCAUUAGUGUACUACAGAUAAAUUUGGAUUGGGUCGGUGGAGUCAUACUGUACAUAGUGCAUAAUGUAAUAGUCAUACAGGAUGCACUUAAGCCAUCUAGGAAUGCAUGAUGCAUUGUAGUAUGAUGCAUGGUAUGUUAUACAUUAUUGCAGUCAAAGAAUUUGUUUAUAUAGUGUAGUCAUACAUGAUGUACUGUACAUGGUGAAUUGAUGCAGCCUUAGAACACAUAUUGCACUGAUAAAGUAUAGGAUUGCUUGAUGCAUUGAUGAAGUAUAGGCUUGAUUGGUGCAGGGAAGGCUUGCAUGAUACAUUGAUGUAGUAAAAGUUUGCAUGAUGCAUUGGUACAGUGUAGUCAUACACUCUUAGUUAUACAUGAUGUAUUGAUGCAAUGUAGGCAUACAUGAUGCAAUAAUCCAAUGUAGACAUACUUGUGCAUGGUGCAUUUUAGCCAUACAUGAUGUGUAAUGCAGCGUACUCAUACAUAUGGCAUUGUGUAGUCAUGUACACAAUGAAGUGUAGUCAUAUGUUUCAUUGUAGGCAGUGAUGGAUUCAAGCGAGGCCCAUUAGGCAUACAUGGGCAACUGGUAUGAAUACGUGGUGCACUGGGUAUGCAUACGUGGUACACUGGUGUGUGCAUACGUGGUGCACUGGGUAUGCAUGUAUACGUGGUACACUGGUAUGCAUACAUGGUGCACUGGUAUGCAUAUAUGUGGUCCACUGGUAUGCAUACAUCACCAUGUAUGCAUACCAGUGGACCACAUACUCCUUCACUGGGUAUGCAUAUGUGGUACACUGGUAUGCAUACGUGGUGCACUGGUAUGCAUACAUGGUGCACUGGUAUGCAUACAUGGUGCACUGGGUAUGCAUACAUGGUGCACUGGUAUGCGUACGUGGUGCACUGGUAUGCGUACGUGGUGCACUGGUAUGCAUACGUGGUACACUGGUAUGCUUACGUGGUGGACUGGGUAUGCAUACAUGCUGCACUGGUAUGCAUACGUGGUGCACUGGUAUGCAUACAUGGUGCACUGGUAUGCAUACGUGGUGCACUGGUAUGCACACAUGGUGCACUGGUAUGCAUACAUGAUACAGUGUGUGCAUUCAUAGUGUGUUCAUAAAAUAAUGAAUAUUUGUUCAACAGAUUUACUAUUAGCCUUGUGUUGGCCUAAUUUAUAAAGGGUGUCACUCCUUUACGGUUAUAUUCAUACAUUAUUUUAUUGAAAAUUACAUAAUGGCAUUUAUGUGAAUACAUUGUUUCAACCACAGCAUUGAUAUUGGAGACAAACAUGGUAAAUAAAAUAUCUAUGCUUGUAA